AUGGUUAGGCUUUCUGUUACAAAAAAUGGUUCAAGCCUUGCAUUUUGGGAUUCUGGGCAAACAAUAUUCAUGGUUGGCAUGAUAGCCGCUUCGAUUUCUAUGAUAGCGAUCGUUAUAUUUGCGUGUGCAAAAUCCUCCACGAAACGUAAGAAUAAGAAUAAGAAUAAUCCAUAUAGUCAUCGUUAUGGUGAUGGUAAUAAAGCACAUGAAAAAAAUCCUGUAACUUCCGCGCCAGUAAAUUCAACCGGAGAAAAAUUAGUCAGUACUGCAGAAUUUGCAACAACUAUUGUGGAUAUUACAUCCAAUGAUGGUGGAAAAGAUAUUCAAUACCAUGGUGGCGAUACCACGAAAAGUAAUGGUGGUGACAAUGGUAGCAAAAAUAAUGAUGUUAGUACUGAUCGUAAUGAUAAUAAUUAUGUUAGUGGUGGUGGUGACAAUAAUAAUAAUAAUAAUAUGGGUGGAGGUCAUAGUUAUGCUAGCGAAAAUACUAUUACUAGUGGUGGAGGUGGUCAUCAUCAUGGCGACACAAGUGGUGGUGGUCGGAGUAGUGAUCACGGUGGUAGUAGUUGGAGUGGUGGCGAUCACAGCGGUGGUGGUGGUGAUACAUGUGAUUGUUUUGGUGGUGGAGGUUGGUGA